CGAAACAAAGACAACGCGACACUUUGACACAGCACUCCACCAACGAAUCGACCUCAACGCAUUCACUCGUCCACAGAGUAAACCCAGGAGUUAUCAAGACGUAUCUCACCACCAUCAUAAUUCACCAGACCACGCAGUCGGGAUGGCAGCAAACGACCUUCCCCUGAACCUUAUCCUUAGACGUUCUGUCACAGAGGGCUUUUUGAAGGAGGACGACCCAGAACUCGCAUUGCACCAAUCCCUAUCAAACGACUCUUCGCGGCUGGAAGAUGAAGAAAACUCCGCGCCACUAGACACCACCAGCAGUUCACGCCUACCGCUUUCACAAGACCCGACCAUUUACUACCAUAAGAUCGGACUCUCCUCGACUAGGAGACGUUCCAAGUCCAGUCGAUCUCAGUCUCUUAAUACGAUCAACACCCGCCGAACUUCACAGAACUAUGGAGACUCUGCAGAGAUCUAUCGCACGCCGGUCUCCGGAUAUGGUCUGAACGACUGCUCGACCUCAGAGGACGAUGAUUACUCGGACGAUACUUCUGACAGUGAAGAGGAGGCUUAUCCAGUUGCACCGCAUCGUUUUGCAGAUCAGAGAAAGAAACUAGGUGGAGUCAGCAGCACGGCAGAUUCAGCUCACUAUGUUGCUCUAAUCACUGGACGUAUGGAUCCAUGGGAGAUUCAGAUGCAAAAGCUACAAGAGGAGGGCAAGGAUCUUGCCCCUCAGAUUGCGGAUAAAAUUACAAAGGAUUUCAAGACUCUGGAAAAGCCAUCAAGCGCCUCAGCAAUUACAUGGGCUCGCGACAACGAGGAUAUCAUACAGCGGAUAAAGUCCAUGUCUUUGGAAACAGAGGCUAUCAAGGAAAGGCGAAAAAAGGAGAUCGACACCAAGAACCAGAACUUGGCAAAGGAAAUCGAGGCAUGUAUUCAGCGCGUUACGGACGAAAGGGAGGCCGCACUUCGCAUUCGGGAAGAGGCACUCAAGCAGGCCCAAUUAGAGAAGGAAAGGAUCGCAAAGGAGCAGGAGGAGAAGGCAAAGGCUGCAGCGGCCCAAAAGGAUGCCCAGGAGAAGAGGACGGCCGAAGCAGCAGCGGCGGCGGCGGAAAAGGCCAAGAAGGCAGCAGCGGCAGCAGCCGAGAAGGCUUCGACUAACACGAGCGCCAUAUUUAUCAGCGAAGCCGCCGAUGUAGAAUACAAGCAGUACUUGUCAGUUUUGGAACACAUCCGCACGGUUGUCUUGCCCGCAGUGUCUGGAAACCCUACUCUCAAGAAAUACUGCUACCAAGCCAGACGUGAUAUUGUGGCAGCCAUUGGACAACUUAUCAACAAGCAGAGUGAGAUUUUUCGAGUGGCUACUGAGAUCGACAAGAUCUUCAAGACGACACAGAGUCAGAAUGUAGUAGCCUACAACUGGGUGCUGAAUUGCACUGCGAAGAAGCUGGUGAAACAAGCCGAAACUGAGGCAUUGGUGAAGUCGGCCCCCGCUUUUCCACUAGCUCAUGUCGCUGUCCUUCUGAUCUCCAAUCAUGCACGGUUCCUAGACGUCUUGAUGGCUCGGUUCGCAAAAAAGUGUCCUUAUGUCACACCGAUGUACAUCGCAAAGGAUCCAACCGACAGCGCCGAUCAGUUUCUCGAAAAACUAGCAUAUAAAAAGACGGAUAAAGGGUACGAGACAGAGUCCCAGUACAAUGCUCGGCAAUGCGCUAUGUUCACGUUGUAUUGCGCCGUAAUGCAGACUACUCCGCCCGUCGGCAAUAACAUGUACCCAAUGUCGCACGGCUGGACGUGGAUGGCGAGAAUUUUAAACAUGCCACCAAGACCCAUCACUCCGGCACUUAUCACUGUUUUUCUUGAAGUUUGUGGUAGUGUUUAUCUCAGGAUGUACCAGAACCAGGCCACCAAAGUCAUUAAGCUACUUUACAACGACUUUAUACCCCUCAUCCCCCGCCAAGGUAUCGACGGCACCACACGACUUAAAACUUUGUUGGAAGAAGAGUUUAUCAAAAAGGGGCAGAUUCCUGUAGCGCCGGGUAGAAAUUACGACAAUUAGAUGUUAAUAACAUUGCAAUAAAGAUGGCGUAUACAGUGU